AUGAGCGCGCGGUUGUCGAGUACAGCCGUGACGAAUGCGGUUACCAGCCCUGCGAGCACGUCCGCGAAGCCGCCACAGCCGUCCAGCCACUCGAAUGUGAGGAAGCGGAUGGGAGGGUCUUGUGGGGAUGGGGGAGUGGGGGAGAGGGAGGGAGAGGAGGGGGGGGACGUGGAGGAGGAGGAGGAGGAGGAGGAGGAGGAGGAGGAGGAGGAGGAGGAGGGGGAGGAGGAGGAGGAGGAGGAGGAGGAGGAGGAGGAGGAGGAGGAGGAGGAGGAGGAGGGAACAGACGCGUACCCAUCCGCUGCCGUGUCACAGAAUUCUUUACCACUAGAGAGGGCAAUCCCUGCUCGUUCUCCCCUUGCGUCUCCGCCUGUUGCCGUGUUACAUUCGGCUUAUCUACUAAAGGUCCCUCAGAAGGCACUUCCUUUUUGCCCUUCCUCGUCUUCUCCGCCUGUUGCCGCGCCAGAUACGCUUCGAAGGCGCGUUCCAGUAUUCGACUGUGCAAUGCGGCGUAGUCACUAG